CCUUUCUCCAUACUUUCCCUUCCCCCACUAAGAAUCCAGUGUCUACGCUCUUGUAGUUUGUCCUCCUCGCUCCGUCACCCAAAAUGGCACCGAAAUCCUCCCUUUUCCUCGCCAUUCUCGCCGUCUGGAUCCUCGACCGCGCCCACGGCCACGAUGGCCACCACCACGCCGUCGCCCCAGCGCCAGCGGUUGAUUGCUCCUCUCUCGUCUUGAACAUGGCGGAUUGUUUGUCCUACGUGUCCAGUGGCGGCACCGCGUCGAAGCCUGAGGGGACUUGCUGUUCUGGGUUGAAGAUGGUGUUGAAUACUGACGCGGAAUGCCUCUGUGAGGCUUUCAAGCAGAGCGCCUCUCUGGGUGUCACUCUGAAUGUCACCAAGGCCUUGUCUCUCCCCGCUGCUUGCAAAAUUAAUGCUCCUGCUGCUUCUAAGUGCGGAUUGUCUUUGGCUCCUGUUGGUGCACCAGAAGGGACUCCAUCAAUUGGUAGUGCACCUACAGCGUCCAUUGGCAACGAGCAGGUACCAGCACAAGCUCCUGGUAGCAGUGGUUCUCCCAUUCGCGGUGUUUCAGUUGGAUAUGUAGUCUUGGGCUCAGUGAUUGCUUUAUUGUUUUCCUUUUGAGGGAUUGCAGUGAUGUUUUGAGAUCUCUAACCUGUUAUUGAGGAUUUUCGUUUAGUUUCCCUUGUUUUGAUGUGUGAGACAGAGUAGAUAACAUUGGAUUUUGGGGGUUAAUAGGAACUCUGUUUGAGGUUUGGUUAAUAUUAGUGUUCUCUAUGCCAUUUUAAUAUUUC